CAUGCAGAUGUCUGCAGCUGCACUCGAGACUCUUUUGCAGUUGUCGCGUCUGGAUCCCGUCUCGUGCUUGACAUGAGAUGAGCCGCGCUCGCUGCGGCCUGUUCAGCACGGCGCAAUCGCGCGUUGCUCGCACCCAAUUUCCGCUGCACCCCGGCGGCCGAUCGCCCACCACGUCCCCUGCAGAGACAUCUCGAACGACUGCACAGUGAACUUUGACGACCCUGGCGGCGUCCCCAUCAGACGGCUGUCGGGACCCAGUGCAUUCCAGUCCGCCGCCAUGGACUCCGCAAAGGCUACAGCGGCAAGCGCCGUCGCGGCCACGCCUCCACCCAAUGGGCGCAAACAGCACAAGCCUAGCUCCUCACUCGGGUCGCUGUACGAGGUUCUGGCCGAUCUCGACGAGAACCAGCUGGAAUAUCUCCUCCAGGAAAUGAACCACACCGGCCACCAGAAUGUAAAAGUAUCACAGGCCGUAUCCGCCUUCGACUCGCAGAGCCCGCCGGAAUCUCUCAGCGCUAUCAGGGCGAGCAUGCUGCCAUGUGCACCAGGCCUUCAACGACAGACAUCCAAAUCCCAGCAGGGAAAACUUCGGUUGCAAACAGCCUUCCAGAGAGCACCUUCCCUGAAGCAGAGACAACAGACCGAUUUCCGCGCUUCUCUCAAGCCUGCCCAGGCCGCCGCAACAGAAACCCCCAGGCGCGGCACACCCCGGAGUCCACCUGUACAGCAACCUGCUGCUCCAAACGAUUCGCCCAUUCAACCCGUGAUCACCAAUCUCCCACCUCCAUCUCCAGAGCCGGAGAUCCACCUCCAAAAACGCGGAAGCACUACCACCAACACUGCGAAGGCCAGACGACCUACGACAAGCUCAAUCCGCACCAUCUCAGCGUACAAGCGCAUCCCUCGGCCCGACUUCAACCUCCCUCCCGGAAUCACUGUCCCAGACCUCCUCCAGCUCCUCGAGGCCGAGUUUCUUUCUUCCACCUCCCUGGACCCAGGUGGAUCUCCCAUCUCUACAUCCCCAGCAUCCGCCUUCCCGGGGCAACUCUCCCUAUCGCCUUCCAUUUCUUUAUCCGCGAGUCCAGCACCGCCAGGCGGUCGUACAUUAAGAAGACACUCGUCACGCCUGGAUAUGGCACUCGAGGCGGAGCGCAAUGCGAGUGGGGUUGAGGAGAUUGGGCUGGGGAUGCUGGAGCCGAGGGGUUCGCCUUCGCCGGCGAGUCUGAGGCGGGCGUCGGCGGCGAGUUUGAGGCGUUCUUCGGCGGCGAGUCUGAGGGGCUCUAACCCGGGGACCCCGGUGGAGGGGUUUGGGUUUGUGAGGAGCGAGACGCCACCAGUCGUCAUGGAGGGGAUUUUCGACGUGUUGGAGAACCGGUAGCGGAGCAGGUGAGGCUAUGGGGGUACGAGGGGACAGUGAGAGGGGUUGGGGGUUUCUGUGUAAGAUGGGAUCUCUUUCGCUGUAUAUAUAUCUGAACGUACAUGUUCGAAUGCCAAACUCCGGCAUACCGUAUACCUUGUAAUUACAACCUAUCUCCUCCAUCUGAAGGGGUC